AUGACGAGCUUACUAGGCUUAAGCAAUAACAUAUCGUAUUUCACGAUUCCAUUGGCACUGGCGCUUGCCCUUGGUCCACGAUUUUACUCAGGACUUGCAGGCCCCGGAAAAAAGCUUUUCGAUCGACAGAAUCCUAGAGAAUUCUCUGAAACCCUGAAGAAGGCUGAUUUGGAUGAAAGACUUCGGGGACGGUUGCUGCGGGCUGAAGCCUGCUCAGCCAAUGGUUUUGAGGCUCUUCCUCUGUACGCCGCCGCAGUGACGGCAGCUAAUUCUGCGGGCAUCUCCGCACCUGUCAUGAACUUCCUCUCGAUAAGUUGGCUGGCAAGCCGUGUGCUGUACACGUACGUUUAUGUUUGGCACCAGGAGAGAGAAAAGCUUGCGCAGGACCAAGCUCCGCUUCGGUUCAAGGUGUGGGCAGUCGGUGCUGUGAUCUGUAUGUCCAUGUUUGUGCUGGCUGGAUUGAAGGUUCAACCUUGA